AAUGCUUAUGGAAUUAUGUUCUAGGUUGGUUUAAAAUGAUGAGGCUACGGAGUGAACAACGUGAGUGCAGAAGACGCUCUCAGGACACAAAAUUGAAUCAAUUAGCUAAUCAGACUUCAAGCCGCGUCUCUUCAAGUGCUCGUAAAAUAAGCAGGUGUCGAAAGCAAAGUUCAACUCUCCUCAAAGAGACUUGUCGGGAGAACGUGCUGAGAGGAAAAUCCAGUCUCAAAAAAAUUCGAAAACACAUGAAGGAACUAACACUGCAUGAAGUUGAAACUCAACAACAGCUGGCUAAGGUCGAUGAGUUCACAGAAGAGAAGGAAAACUGGCAGGGUGAUGUUCUCAACAUCUAUCCUGCUGCCACCAAUUUCAAUCAUCUUGGCAUCGCCUUGCCGCUAUCAGCUGAAUCUGCACAGCUUUUACACGACAGAAAAAUUGGCUUACCUACAUUGAGCUGUGAAUUUGAAACUGAUGUUGAGUUUGACUCGACAAUUGAUCCUGCUGACGUAGGCUGCUACUAUGAAGGAGCAACGGAUUAUGUGGAAGAUGGAUCAUUAGAUGGAGAACAGUCGGAGAACAUGGUUUCUACUUGCUGCGUAGAGGACGACUGGGAGACCUUUGACCCUUACCUUUUCAUCAAACAUCUACCGCCGCUGACCUUUGAAAUGAGGGCUAGGUGUCCUGCUCUCCCUCUCAAGACAAGAAGUAGUCCCGAGUUCACGCUUGUUCUUGAUCUUGAUGAAACAUUGGUACAUUGCAGUCUUCAGGAGUUGAAAGAUGCUUCAUUCUCAUUUCCGGUUCUAUUUCAAGAGUGUAAUUACACGGUUUUCGUGAGAACCCGCCCUUUCUUCAGGGAAUUUUUGGAGAGGGUUUCUGACCUUUUCGAGGUGGUGCUGUUCACUGCAUCUAAGAGGGUUUAUGCCAACAAGUUACUUAAUCUCCUUGAUCCAUCUCGAAGGUUGAUAAAGUACAGACUAUUUCGAGAGCACUGCGUCUGUGUCAAUGGAAACUACAUCAAAGAUCUUUCAAUCCUCAGUCGAGAUCUUUCGAAAACUGUAAUCGUCGACAACUCGCCACAAGCGUUUGGUUAUCAGCUUGAAAAUGGAAUACCUAUCCAGAGUUGGUUUGUUGACAAGGGAGACUCAGAACUCAUGAAACUUCUGCCAUUUUUGGAAAAUCUCGUUUACAUGAAUGAAGAUGUGAGACCACAUAUUCGCAACAAGUUCCGUCUCUUCAGCUUCCUACCACCUGACUAAAAUCCGCAGCUUUGGCUGUGAGAAGGCUACUGGUGCGACAUUAUGUAAAUAAUAUAGAUACAUUUAUCAUUGACCUAGAACAUAAGAAAGAGCAAUUUUAUUAUGAAUGCUUUAUUAUCUUAAAUCUGAACAAUUGACUUUAGCUUAGUUUACAGUAUUAUAUUCACAUAGAUUAAUGUGUAUUAUUAUACACAGUGAGCCAGAGAGGAUUAACAUUCUUUAACAGUUAGUAUUGAAACUCUUAUAGGCAAGAAUUUAUCACAGUGCGAUCAUAAUAUUAUGCUAUUUUAUUUAGUAAAAAAAAUCAAUGUCAUCUGUAAUAAAACUGACAUGAAAAUAGUACAUUUUUCGAUAAAACACGUUUUACUAACUUUAAAAACAACAAAAACUCUUUAAAUUUGUUGUAGUAAAGGAUGUUUUUUAUGGAAAAAUGUUACUAUUUUAAUUUCAUUUUAUUUUUAUUAAUAAAAGUAGCCCUUGUUUUUUAUUACUAUUAUCUGUUGUAGCUCAUGACGUAAUAUUGCCAUGAAGCUGUAAUGUUGUUAAACAUAAUCAUAGUAUGUUUAUUCAUUACAUGGACAUUGUUUUUUUAUCACAGUCAAUUAUUUAUUGUUCUAUUGAAGAAAAUCAGUCCUCACUGACUCACCUUUAGUUUGUUCAUCGAAAGGAGAGACAUCAACAUGACGUUUGCACUAUUAAUAGCUGAUAUGAGUAAUUUAUUUCAUACCUAUACAAGCGCAAAUUUUAUGUUUCGUCUCUCCUUUUGUUGAACAUAUAAUAUAGUAUAAUGUUUGAACUAUUUAUAAGAUAAUAUCUAUACCAUAUUAUGGUAUAUGUACCAAAAUUCACUCAUACGAUCAAAACAUAAUGUUUUUUCAUAUCUCAAUGAUUUGCAUCACAAAAAAAUAUUUCACUUGCAUCAUCACCCUCAUCCUCAUCCAAUAAGUUUAUUUUUUGUGAUGAAUUUCUCAAAAACAAGCUGUGUGUAUUUAAAUCAGUAUCUCUUACCUAAACUAAAUAAAUAUGAUUUUAUUUAUUUUAUUUUAUUAUUGCCGUUAAAUUCUUAGAACAAUAGGCAAAGUCAAAUAUUGAAUACAGUAAGACAAAAGAUAAAAUCAAGUUUUACAGCAACUGUACACACAAAAUUACAUUACUGAGUAUUAAAAAUAAUACAGUAAGUGAACUUCACAGUACUCCGGCAGGAUUCUAGAAGCCUACUUUUUCAGGCUGCUAUAUCUACAUUCAAUGAUUUGGAGUGUUUGCAAUAAGUAAUUAUUUGAAUUAGCCAGCUUUCAAGGACAUUAACCUUUGAUGGCAGAUUCAUUACCAACAAAAAUUGAUAACUAUUGAAUUCCCCCGUGGAAAGGAUUACAAAAAUGCUUGGAAAACCUCAAUACAAAUUCUAGGUAGUCUGAUUUUUUAUAAUGAAUAUCAUGUAACAUUUUCCUUUUUUCAAGUUGAAACCGUCAAAGCUUACAAACUAGAUUACAGCUUAAGAAUGGGAGAUUCUUGAAAAAUCUGAAUAAACUGGAAAACUCUCAGUAAGAUGCUCACCUCGUUUUUUGAAAAAUUUUACCAAUGCAGGAAGCAACUGUUUGAUACAUUGCAAAACUCUGCCUCUGCUAAGCCAACGAACUUCUGUAUGAGGCAACAGAUCACCAUACUAAAAUUCUAACUCUUCUGUUAGUUCUCUAAACAGUCGUCUUUGAAAUGCAUGCGCUCUAAUCUUAUUAAAUACUUGAAAGACUACUGUUUCCAUGACAUUGUUCAUAAUUAAGAACUUUCCACACAAUGUCUGCUGGUGUAUUAUGCAACGGUAAGACACAAAAUUUGUUAUAUCACUGUCUCUACGACCCUUCUCCACACCUACCAUUACAGGAGCUCCAUCUGUAACUAAGCACACCAAUAUCUAGAUUGGAGGUUCUGAGUUGAGUUGACCACCAAAACUAUAUCAUCUGCAUAAAAUAGUGAUUGCAGAUAUAUAGGACGCAGCCUCCAGUUCCCUAUCUUGACUCUGACAGUUCUUCUUGAAACCUCAUCCAUGAUGGCUUUAAAAAGCAAUGGACUUAAACUAUUCCCUUGCUUCAAUUUACGGGAAAUUGAAGAAAAUUCGUGAUUUUAUAGAUAGGAAAAUUUAUUUAGACUACGAAUUAUAAAAUU